AUGGCACCGCUAUCCAUGUCACUAAAUAGGCUAUCACUCGCAAAACAUAUUUGGGGGGAAGAUGAACUCAGGAGACGGCACGAAAUCAUCCAGGUCUUGUCGGAAUUCCCAUUGAAAACGACAUGCCCCGACGUCUACGAGCUCAGCAGGCGAGAUCUUUGGAUAUUUCGAUUCCAGCAGAGUGUUGAAAUCCUUGAGCUCAAGAUGAAAUUCGGCUGGACCAAUGAACACUUUCUCGAUGCGUUGAGAAUCGUCAGUCCGGAUGUUUCCCCGCUAGGUUGGAUGGAAGUAUUUCUCAGAAAUCUCCAGACUACAAUGAGCCCAGAACAGCAGGCAUACUGGAUCCCUAAAGCAGAAAAGUACGAAAUCAGUGGCAGUUAUGCGCAGACCGAACUUGGACACGGCAGUAAUGUCAAGGGUAUCGAAACGACCGCAACUUUCGAUCCGGCCACGGAUGAGUUCAUUCUCGACUCGCCGACGGUAUCAAGCCAUAAGUACUGGAUUGGUGCCCUAGACUUGGGAAAUCAUGUUUUCAUUGUCCAAGUUCGCGAUAUGGUAACACAUGAGCUCGAGCCUAAUGUCCUCGUCUACGAUCAGGGGCCAAAAUCUCUUGGGUCGUUCAAUACCGUGGAUAACGGCACCAUGAAGUUCACAAAUAAACGGAUUCCAAGAAGUCAAAUGCUGGCUGGUAUGGCGUCUUUAGACCGGAACGGGACAUAUCGUGGAAGUACCAACUCUAAACAUUCUUACACGUCCAUGGUGAUUAUACGAGGUCUCAUGAUAGCAGAAAUUGGACAGGAUGUUGCUAAAGCCGUCAUCAUCGCCCUCCGAUACACUGCAUUCCGACGACAGUUUAACAAGAAGGAUGGAAAGGAGACCCUCGUGAUUAACUAUGCCAGCGUAAAGAAUCGACUCUAUCCAGCUCUCUGUCGGGCAUUACCAAUGAUGUUCUUCGGGCGGCAAGUCAAGAAGCAGAUUGACAACCUGAAAGAUUCCGAUCCGGAAGAUCUCCAUUUACAGACAGUUGGAGGCAAGAUCUGGGUGACAGAGCGCGGAGUUAGAGAUAUCGAGGUGGCUCGCCUUUGUUGCGGCGGACAGGGAAACAUGGCAUACGCAGGCCUGGGCUUGCUACAUGCGUAUCUUUCGCCGUCGAGAACGUACGAAGGAGACACAUACAUCUUGUCUCAGCAGAUUGGGAAGGCUGUCGUUAAACACUGGAAAAAUGGUACUGAAAAGUCUAUUUCUGCGCUGUCCUAUGUUUCUCGACUGAGGAAUCGGCAGAGUAUGGCCAGCAGAGCAGCAGUGACUGGUCAUACCGAUUGGUUCAUCCUGAGCAACCAGGAGGACUUCUUGGAACGACGCAGCGCUCGCCUGGCACAGACGCAUAUCAACGAAACAUAUAGAGAAGAAGACACAAGUUAUGACGUGCGUGAACUAGCGAUGGCGCAUGCCGACUUGACUUUCUGGAGGGCCCUGCAAAGCCAGGUCAAGCAAUGUCCAGAAGAGCAUGCAGCGAAGAUGGAGGCACUAGCGAAUUUCUCUCUCACUACAAUGCUUGAGGGCCUGGAGGCAUUUGUAGGCAGCGAAUACCUUUCCGAGAAGGACAUCCAAAGCUUGCGGACAGCGCAUCGAGAUGCCAUCUCCUCAUUUACGCAAUGUGUUGACCCGAUCAUUGAAGCCUUUGGAUUCACAGACACUGAAUUGAACAGCGUCUUCACACGGAAAGACAGGACACCAUACGAGGCGCUAUGGGACAUAGCACAAAAGAGUCAACUGAGCGACAACAGUUUGAUUCGGCCAACUAUCUUGCGUGCAAGGUCUUUGUGGAGGAAUUACCAGGGAAGUCGAGCAAGAAUGUAA